GUGACAGAUAGCCCCCAUCACUCACUAGGUUAUGAGGUGAGAGUGGCUCCCUUGUCCCUUCCCCAAUCUCUCCCACCCUAUCCCCUGCCCCAGCUCUCUUCCCAGCAUGUCUCGCUGGCUUUUUCCAUGGUCCAGCUCCAUCAAGACGCGGGCCUGCAGGUACCUUCUACAGCAUUACCUGGGCCACUACCUGGAGGAGAGGCUGAGCCUGGAGCAACUGAGCCUGGACCUCUACAAUGGAAGCGGACGUCUCACCGAUAUACAUCUAGAUAUCUGGUCUGUGAAUGAACUCCUGGACUCAGCAGGGGCCCCACUGGAGAUUAUUGAUGGAUUCAUCGGCAGUAUCUCCGUUACAAUCCCAUGGUCGGCCCUUGUCACCGAAAACUGUACUUUGGAAGUAUCUCAACUGCAGGUUACUUGUCGUCCAAAAUACCGAGCUGCUUCUGGUGGACCAGAGUCUCACAGCUGGUCCUCAUGUAUGACCACCAGCAUGCAGCUGGCCCAGGAGUGUCUGAAAGAACAAGCAGAGGAGCCAUCUGAACCAUCGCAGCCUAUUGAAGGACUGGAGAUGUUUGCACAAACCAUAGAGACAGUGCUGCGGAGGAUUAAGGUGACCUUUUUAGAUACUAUUAUCAGGAUUGAGAAUAUGCCAGUAGACUCUGACACAGGAACAGCUCUUGAAAUACACAUCAAAAGGCUAGAUUAUUGUGAUGAGGCAGUUAGAGAUUCGGGCCCUAGUUUCCCUGUGGAUGUCCAUCAGCCUCCAGCAUUCAUCCAGAAGAUUCUACAGCUCAGUGGUGUGUCCCUUCACUAUGAAGAUGGACCUACACAACCUACACCGCCCAGCUCUCCCACUCUCCAAAUAGGCAGCUGCUCUGGCUGCACAGAACUUAUCAUCAAAUUAAAGCAGAACGAUAUGUUUCCUGGACCAAAGCUCGAUAUUGAUGGGAAACUUGGGUCUCUGCAUUUGUUCCUGAAUCCAAGCCAGAUAGCUAACUUGCAGCAAUUAUUGGAUGCCUUGAGUCUUUCAGAAUCAAGCAGUAUUAGGGAAAAGCUGCUGAAAAGUCGUCCUUUGGACAUGGAGGAUUUAAAGCUGAUUGAGCAAGACUUGAACCAGCAGCUGCAGUCAGGGCCUGGAUCUUUCUUCAUUCCAGACCCUGAGCUUGUGCCCUUCCAGACAUUAGAGAAUGGAGAUAUGUUUUUUUCAAUGGCUGCAUUGACAAAUAGUGUUACUUCUAUCCGGUCUACAACGGAAUUGUCAGAUGUGGACCUUGAUUCCUCCGUCUAUAGUGAUCACAGUGGUCAUUCUUUUCAAAGUCCAGCCUUUACUCCUGGGGUGAGGAUAGUACCAUCUCCUCUGGAGCCUCUAAAAUCAGAGAUGCUUCUAAAGUUGACAGUGGGUGGCCUUACCAUAACUGUGCCCCACAUUCCUAGCAAUGCCAGUUCUGCGGGGGACCCGAACAGUCAAGAAGCAGCCAGUAAUUUUUUUAAGGAACUGGGGUACUUCAAAGAUGCUGCUUUUAGUGGACGAGACUUUGGGCAUCUUCGUGAGCAUUUCCAAAGAGCUUGUCAGUUGAGCAAUGUCAGGACUACAGCAUUAACAGUCCAGAUAGUGUGUGAGCAGAGGUCUGGUAAAGGUAUACAGCACAGUACUGUGGACCUCAGUUGUGGAAUGCUGGAGAUUUUGGAAUGCCUUUGGCCAAGUCAUCCUUCCAAGAAGAAAACAAAUCCUGAGUAUACAGAGCUUAUGAGGUUCCAUAGUCCAGCUUCCUCCUCUCGGCCUUGUGCCCAGUUGCACUACAAGCGGAUUUACAGGACACCAUCUAGAAGCAUUCGUAAGAAACAACCAAUUAAAGUUAAUGCGGAAAUCAGAGUGGAACUGGAAGACUUUCAGUCUGAUCUGGACCUAGGUCUCAUAGACCGUUUGGGAUCCCUCUUUCAGCAAGGAGCCACAAAAAAUACAAGCUCUCCUGGCCAAUUCGACAUGCACUUGACUGAUGUUGCCUCAACUCCUGAUCAGGACACAGAGAUCCAUGUGAUUGCCUCCAAAGCACACAUUCAUCUCCAGUUCCCAGUACCAGACUUAGGGCCUGUCUCUGAGCGACGUCCUUGGACAGAAAAAGCAGUGAGGAAAGAACGUCUUGAGAUGGAAGUGACUGACAUGGAGAUUAAAACACAGAGUAGAAAUGGUACAGAAGAGCCUAGCAAAAUAGAGAUUACAUUCAGUGAUUUACAUGGUGUGUUUACUGAUGGAGAUAAGCUGCGUGUUCCUUGCAUGAAGAUCAGUAAAGGAUUAGACCCCAUGGCCAAAACCGCUGGAAAGAAAUUUGUCUUCCCCAGCAUCUCUGUAACUAUCCGUCCUGAAACCAAAAGCUUUCCAUGGGACGUAGGCCAAGACAAAGUUGAUGACCUUGAUCUUCCAUCUGUGGAAAGUCCUUGUGAAUUGAAACAGCCUGAGCCCUCACCUUUCUCCUCUAAGCGGACAAUGUUUGAAACAGAAGAGAUGGUAAUCCCUGCUGACCCAGAGGAGAUGGCAGACUUCCAGCAAACAACACUGGCAUCCUCCCAAUAUACAGUUGAGGUGACUCUUCCCCGUGCUCACAUAUUCCUUCCCAGCAAAGAUGUGUAUGAAAAUCUAUACAACAGACUGUGUAAUGAUCUUCUGAUGUGGGAACCUUUGACCAUGUUUGACAUCCCCAUGACUGAUUCCCUGUUCCCGAAUGAGACACUUUCCAGAUCUGGGUAUCAGCCAGACACAUUUCGCAUGUGCAAAUCUGCUUUUAGACUGGACUCCGAUUCAGAGGAUGAAGACUCCCAUUUCUACUCAGUGGAUGAAAUAGCCAAGGCUAGGAAAGCCAGUCAUGAGGGUCUCAGCUUCUUUUCUGUUUCUGUCAACAUUUUGCAAGGACGGGUCACGGCUUGGACUGAAGCCAAGAAUGAAGGAACUAAGAAGCUGGAUGGUCAACAUAGUGAGGUAGUUCUGGAUGUAGAAAAUGGGCGUAUCUUCAGUGUCUCCAAACACAAAGGAAAAAUGGAUCUCAGCUAUCUAUGUAUUGAGUCUGACACCGUAUCCCUUUUUCAUAAAGCUAUUGUAGAGGACUACUUACCACCAAGUAGUUUGGAAAUACCCACUUUUGUACCGCCUGCAAACCUGAACCCUACGAUCUAUAUCUCAGAAGAGGGUGUUUCUGCACAGUUAUCAUCAACCAGAAAAGAAAAAAACUUAAAGAUGCUCUCUCUGGCUGUCCGUAUCGAUCUAAACCUUGUGAAAAACGUCAAGGAGUUCUUGGUAGCUCUGAGGCUAGAUGGUGCUACUUUACGUCACUAUAUGGCAUUGCCAGGCCAAAGCUGGUAUAGUCAAAUUAUGGACUUGCUAGAUGUAGUUGAUGAACCCAUCUUGGGAUACACUCCUCCGGCUGUUAUCACCAUACUGCACACCCAUCUCUUCAGCUGCGCUGUGGACUACAGACCUCUCUACCUCCCUGUCAGAGUUUUGCUCACAGCAGAAACAUUCACUCUUUCCAGUAACAUUGUAGUGGAUACAGCUACUUUCCUACUCAGGUUUAUUUUAGAUGACUCUGCUCUUCAUCUGUCAGACAAAUGUGAAGCUGAUGUGACUGAUUUAAAGAGAGAUUAUGUCUGUGUCUUGGAUGUUGAUCUCCUGGAGUUGGUCAUCACAACAUGGAAGGGGAACGCCUUGUCUAAAUUGACUCAGCCUCUCUUUGAACUGCGCUGCUCCAACAACGUGCUUCACAUUCACACCUGUGCAGAUUCCUGUGCUAUGCUUGUUAACCUUAUCCAGUAUGUGAUGAACAAUGGGGACCUGCACUGCCCCCCCAUACCUGAGCCACCGACUGAGAUUGCAGGACAGAAAUUGCAGCCUCCAGAAGGUCCAUCUUCACUACCUCCAUGUUUGCCUGCCGAGACUGCUCAAAUCAACCAGGGAGACUUAACUGAUGCUCUUAUAGAUACAGGAAGGAGUAGCAGAGAGCACUCAGAAUCCGGUAUGUUACAACCAGAUGCAUCCCCAGUGUCUGUAUACCUCUUCCCUGAGGAAGCAACAUUAGGAAACAGAAAUGAGACCACCACCCCAUCUCCUCCACCCCCUGAUUCACGGGUUUCACAGGAAAGUCUUGCAAGUUCAGACACAAGUGGAGAUAGUGAGUUGACAGACACUGAUGAUUUCUGUAUCCUUGAUGCACCUGGGAUCGGAGUGCCGCCUAAAGAUGGAGAGCCGGUGGUAAGAAAGUUAGUGGACAGCCCCAUUUUGGUAAAGGAUGGACAUUUUUCUAGACCUAUUGGCAGCACUGACUUGCUGAAACCUCCAGCGAACUUCCCUGUGCCAGAAACCCGUAUAGUUCUGAGAGAGAUCUCUGUGGUGUGGCACUUGUAUGGGGGAAAGGAUUUUGGCAGCAGUCGACCCAACUCUGCCAGGGCACACAUGCCAAAUGCCCGUGGUUCCCCUUCCCGAUCUUCUGUUACCAACCGUCCUCAGAACACAUGGAGGACCCAGGGAGGAAGUGGCAGGGUCCAUGACAUAUUAAUGGAGAUCCAGCUGACCAAAGUGAGUUUCCAGCAUGAAUCAUACUCUGCUCCCUCCAGCCAAGGGACAGAGAAGCUCCAAGCAGGUGAGGGGGCAGAAUCCCCCCUUGCACGUCAAGUGUUUAUAGUCCAGGAGUUGGAGAUUAGAGAUAGACUGGCUUCAUCCCACAUCAACAAGUUUCUGUACUUGUACACCAGUGAAAAAAUGCCUCGGAGGGCGCACUCCAACAUGCUCACCAUUAAAGCCCUCCACGUACAUCCUGAGGCUGGCUUGGGCGGACCUGAGUGUUGCCUUCGAAUGUCCUUAAUGCCCCUUCGCCUGAACAUUGAUCAGGAUGCUGUCUUUUUCCUGAAAGACUUCUUUACCAGUUUGGCCUCUGGUAUUCAACCGGUGGUUCCCAUGGAUCUAGGUUCAGAUGCUUCACGUUCAGACAGCCAUAACAAGCAAAGUGCCUCAGAGUGUGAAUCAGGACUGGAAAACUCAUUGGAUUCAAAUGAGGAGGACACAUCAUCUGUGAGCUCAACAUCUGAUCAACCCAUUUAUUUCAGAGAAUUUCGCUUCACCUCAGAGGUACCAAUAUGGCUAGACUAUCAAGGCAAGCAUGUAACCACAGAACAAGUGGGUACAUUUGCUGGAAUAUUAAUAGGACUGGCCCAAUUAAACUGUUCUGAACUAAAGCUCAAGAGGCUGUACUGCAGACACGGACUGCUCGGAGCAGAAAAGGUUUUCUCUUAUGCUCUCAAUGAGUGGCUGACUGACAUCCGAAAGAACCAGCUGCCGGGAAUUCUGGGAGGAGUGGGACCUAUGCAUUCAGUUGUACAGCUGUUCCAUGGGGUUCGUGAUCUUUUCUGGCUACCUAUUGAACAAUACAGGAAGGAUGGACGUAUUAUCCGUGGCUUACAGAGGGGGGCAGCAUCUUUUGGGACCUCUACUGCUUCUGCAGCACUAGAACUCAGCAACCGGCUAGUGCAAGCUAUACAGGCCACAGCAGAGACUGUUUAUGAUAUCCUGUCUCCGACACCCCCCAUGUCACGCUGCUACCUUGAUUCUAAACAGUCUCGCAGAGUGAGAAGAGGGCAGCAGCCAGCGGAUCUCAGGGAAGGUGUGGCAAAGGCCUAUGAUACUGUACGGGAGGGUGUCAUUGACACAGCACAGACUAUACGUGACGUAGCAUCUCGUGGUCAUGAGCAGAAGGGCCUGACCGGUGCCGUAGGCGGCGUCCUUCGGCAGAUCCCACCCACUGUGGUGAAGCCAUUUAUAGUGGCCACUGAAGCUACAUCUAAUCUCCUAGGGGGCAUGCGAAACCAGAUUCGGCCUGAUGCUCACAAAGAGGAUUCAUUUAAGUGGAGAGCAGAUGAAGGGCAGGAUUGAAGACUGAACAAUCUUGCCUCUCCAUGCCUUCUACUCUCUGCCCUUCAAAGUGCCAAAGGAAAGCUGCAAUAUGUGACGUUGCCUGGAAUAUGCUGGGUCUGUGAAUCACACUGUAUGCCACUGCAUGAACAUACAGUAUAACAGCUUGGGCAUUGAAAGUCCCUACCCAAAUACUUGAUUCUAAACCAUAUGCCUUUUUGUGUCUCUUUUUUUUUUCUUUAAAUUUCUCCACCCUUUGUAAUCUUCCUAACAAUUGAAGAUAAGCUCAGCUUUUCUGUUGAUCUUCUGAUCAUGCAGUGACUUCAGUAGAUAAUAAGCACUUUCCAUCGCAGUUGUGGCCUUGAUGCGCUGACCCGUCUUCUCUGAACUAAGCUGAAACCUAUUUUACAAGAGAAUCUAAUCUCGCUCUGUUUAAUAAUGAAGAAACAGCACAACAAAAGACUCUCUGCCCCAAGGAAGGAAGGACUCUGAGCACAGGUCUUAUAGGCCUUGAUCCAUCACAGAAUGUGGCUUUUAUAAUCCUAUCUCUUCCCUUAAUGCUUUCUUCUGAUUGAGGCCAUAUAAUUAUAAAUAAUAUAUAUAUAUAUAUAUAUGUAUAAAUAAACCAUGUAAAGAAUUCCCAGUGACAUGCACAGAAGGCUGCUGAAACCUCUGCCUUAGUGUGUAUUUGUAUGAAGACAAUGGGUCAUUGGAUACAGUUUUAUUUUGCAGAGAGUGAAAUGUUCAAACUGCGUGAAAGAAAAGCUGCUUUUCUCACAUUGUGUUCAUGAUGCAUCAUUGUUCAUAUAUACAACAUAUAUAAUGGUCCUUUCAUGUGCACAGUGAUAUUUAAAGUCUUUAUGAGUUUUUAUAGGCUUGUAGAAGUGUUGUCUUGCUUUAUGUUUGACUGAAAGUGAACACUAUAGCAGACUCUGUCUGCCCCCUCGCACUGCUUAAUAUGGGUCUCUAUAUGUCAGCAUAAUGCCACUGUCAUCAGAGGAGACCCAGGCAGUCAUCCCACUACUACAGAAGAUUGGAGACCCUGCAGUUCUUUCCUCUUGUG